CCACCGCCUCGCACAGUUCCGCGACACUGCGCUCGCGCACUCGUCACCCCCGCUGUGCCGCAUGAGCUGCUCCGGCUCCACCCCGCGGCAGGACCCUGCGUACCAUCCCACGAGCGCGUAAUCUGCCAGGUGCCAGCCACCCAACGCUUUUGCCGCCCACUCAUUUCCACAACAUUCUCCAACUCCAUCCAACAACUCAUCUCUCAUCUGUCAUCUACUCUUCUCAACUACUCCAGCUACUCAGCUCCAUCUCGCUACCGCUUGUCACGCCCCCUCCCCUCCUCCACACCGCCCUCAUCCUUCGGCCCGCACAACCUCGCUUAGCGCGUUACAAGGCUCCUAUAAUUUGCGAUCCUGUCUUGCUGUUACCCAUCUUGCAACUACAUCGCAACUGAUAUCCGCCAUGCCGUCCCCAGCCUUCCCCGGCAUGUUCCUCGCCUUCGCGGCGGCGGUGCUGCUCCUCUUCGCGUCCAUCUCCCCGCCCGUAUGGGAGCGUGUGUCGUUCCUCAACGUCGAGACACCCGCAGGCAGGAAUGUUUACGGUGUCUUCGGCCUCUGCCUGAAAGCAACCGAGCGACUGUGUACCCGCCGCUCCAUCGGCUACAACCUCCAGGCCCAGGGAUUGGACAACACUCUGAUCCAGAUGAACUCUGACAUUUUGCACAACCUCUCCAAGACCCUCAUCCUCCACCCCAUUGCUGGCGCGCUCUCCUUUCUCGCAUUCCUGUGCGGGCUCAUUGGUGUAGCAUGCGCAUCGCGCGCCGCGACCAUCAUGAUGGCCCUCUUGAGCUUCCUCGGCGCACUCGCCGGCCUUGUCAUCUUUGUUAUUGACAUGGUCCUCUGGAACGUGCUCAAGAACCGCGUCAACGACGCUGGGUACAAUGCGACCCUCGGCAACGCCAACUGGUUCACUGUCGGCGCUGUCGCAGCCAUGAUCAUGGCCAUGUGUGCUUCCUUCUUUGGGGCGUGCGGCCGCUUCGCCACAGGGCGCGCAGCAGGCGAGAAGUAUUGAUCAACCGUAUUUCCCGCCUGUACCCUACAAUUCUUAUAAGCUGCGUAUAAUAGUCAUGUCCGGGCCACGGGCCAUGUUUACACGAGUCGUGGCCCAGUGAGAGUCGCAGCUUGCUUUGUGUCCACUAGUCGACGUCGCACACAUAUGCAUGAUAUAGAAUGUCA